AUUUGUUGCCGGACAGCAGCCACAAGGUUACGCACCAGUACCUCAAAUGUCAUACGGUGAAGUACCUUUUGGUGGUGGAGCCCAGCCGCCAAAUGCUGGGCCAUCUGCAUAUGUUGCACCUCCACAACAAAUGCAAUACGGUGAAGGUCCACCUCAGCAGUAUAAUGGAGUUUUUAAACCAGGAUAUGGUGCACCACAAGCUCCUAUUGUAACUCAACCAGGUCAGCCUAUGUCACCAGGUCAACCUAUGGGACCAUCCGGCGACUGGGUGAGUAUAACUCCCGGCAUACCGGAUUGUCCACGCGGUUUGGAAUACCUUACUAGUAUAGAUCAGCUUUUAGUUAAACAAAAAGUCGAAUUAUUAGAGGCAUUUACCGGUUUCGAGACCAACAAUAAAUUCUCCAUUAAAAAUUCGCUCGGUCAAAUGGUGUACUAUGCGGUGGAAGACACCGACUGUUGCACACGUAAUAUGUGUGGUCCAGCUCGACCAUUCGAUAUGAAAAUUUUUGAUAAUUUCCGCAACGAAGUUAUGCAUGUAUAUCGGCCAUUGGCCUGUUCCAGUUGUUUGUGUCCAUGCUGUUUACAAUCAAUGGAGGUUUCGGCACCACCCGGUAAUGUUAUCGGUACAAUCGAACAAGAAUGGAGUCUCUGUGCACCAGCAUUUAGAAUUAAAAAUCAUAUUGGUGAUACAGUUUUACGUAUUGAGGGUCCUAUUUGUACAUUUUCAAUGUGCGGUGAUGUCGAAUUUAAUAUCGUUUCUCUGACUGGUGGAAAUGUUGGCAAAAUUUGUAAACAAUGGUCUGGCUUAGCACGUGAAAUUUUUACUGAUGCCGAUUUCUUUGGCAUUACUUUUCCCUUAGACUUGGAUGUGCGUAUGAAAGCUGUGCUUUUAGGUGCAACAUUCCUUAUUGAUGCCAUGUUCUUUGAAAAAUCUGGUAAAAAUUGAUCUUCUCGGAAUGCUAUAAUCUUAAUUAAAACAACAGACAUUUAUUGUUUUUAAUAUUUAAUUUGAAUACUAUUUUAUGUAACUUUCAUACAUAUGUAUACUACACAGAGUU